UAAUGCUAGGAGUUCAAAGCAAGGCAAAUAUGAUGCAGACUAUGUUGAGGAUGACGAUGAUGCAAGAGAAGAGGGACCAGAAAAAACUCUGCCAAAGUCGGCCCUUGCUCAAGUGAAUGACGUGGGAUCUGAAGAUAAGUUUGGAGCGAAGGACUUUCGAACACAAAUGAUGUUAAAACCUGACCAUGCAUCACGCCCUCUGUGGCUGUCUCCUGAUGGUCACAUUUUCCUCGAGUCUUUCUCGCCGGUCUAUAAACAUGCACACGAUUUCUUGAUAGCAAUCUCAGAGCCCGUCUGCCGACCGAUACACAUACACGAGUACCGCCUGACGGCGUAUUCUCUGUACGCUGCGGUGUCGGUUGGUUUGCAAACGAGCGACAUCAUCGAGUAUUUAAAACGUCUGAGUAAGACCAGCAUUCCUGAUGGAAUCGUGGAAUUCAUCAAGUUGUGCACAGUGAGCUACGGCAAGGUGAAACUGCUGCUGAAGCACAACAGAUAUUUCGUCGAGAGCCUUUUCCCAGAAGUGAUACAGAAACUGCUGAAGGAUCCCAUGAUACAACAGUGUCGACACCGGCCGACCGGCGAGGAAAACGAGGAUGAGCUUGUCAUGUCAAAAAUCACUACAAAGUCUGCACUACAGUUGAAGAACAAGUCGCGAGAUGACAUGUCGACAGGAGCUGCUGCUCCAAGCAGCGCAAACAAUGCCGAUGACCAGAAGGAGAAGAAGGAAGGAGAGCAGAUCCCCGAGGACAUCCACGACUUUUACGAGAAGCUGGACAAGGAGGAUGAGGACGACGAGGCUGAGGGAGCGCAGACGGUCGCCUUUGAGAUACAGCAGGAUCAGAUAGAGUGCCUGCAGCGAAGAUGUAUAGAACUAGAAUACCCUCUGCUGGCAGAGUAUGACUUUAGAAACGACACAGUCAAUAAAGAUUUGAACAUUGACUUGAAGCCAACAACAAUACUCCGACCCCACCAGGAGAAGAGCCUGAGAAAGAUGUUUGGAAAUGGGCGUGCGAGGUCAGGGGUCAUUGUGUUACCCUGUGGUGCUGGUAAAACACUGGUGGGAGUUACUGCUGUUUGCACGGUGCGCAAGCGAGCGCUGUGUCUGUGCACUUCGGCCGUCGCCGUGGAGCAGUGGAGGUCGCAGUUCAAGAUGUGGUCGACCGUAGACGACAGCAUGAUAUGCAGGUUUACCGCCGAUGCCAAGGACAAGCCCAUAGAGGUGCACACCAUCCCAGCUAAGAUGUUUAGAAGAGUGCUAACCAUAGUGCAGGCUCACACAAAACUGGGUCUGACUGCCACGCUCGUGCGCGAGGAUGACAAGAUAGCAGACCUCAACUUCCUCAUUGGCCCGAAAUUGUACGAGGCAAAUUGGAUGGAGCUUCAAGACAAGGGCUACAUUGCAAAGGUGCAAUGUGCCGAGGUGUGGUGUCCGAUGACGGCAGAGUUUUACCACGAGUACCUGCACAUGAGGAAUCAGAAGCGAGUGCUCAUCUGUGUGCUGAACCCGCAGAAGUUCCGCGCCUGCCAGUUCCUCAUCCGUUACCACGAGCGACGCAACGACAAGAUCAUCGUCUUCUCCGACAACGUGUUCGCGCUCAAGAACUAUGCGAUCAAACUCAACAAGCCGUAUAUUUAUGGACCAACAACUCAGGGCGAACGAAUGCAAAUUCUGCAGAAUUUCCAGCACAACCCAAAAGUGAACACUAUCUUUGUCUCAAAGGAGGACCUCGCGUUUGCGACGAAGGAGGAGCAGACUCAGAUGCUGCAGAAGGUGCUGGCUGCUUCGGAGACGGACGCCGAGGAGGAGCGCAUGAUGGGAGAAGGCAGAGAGUUCAGUGGCAGUAGGCAGGUGAGAAGCACGGACGUGAUGAGCACUUUCAAAGUUCAGUACCUGCAGCAGAAGGUUUACCAUCUGCUGCACCAGCUGACAACAGCAGCGCCAUCUACAGAGUUCACACAAUAA